AUGGAAGGCACGUCAGCGCCUGGCGCCAAGGGCCUCGACGGCACCGGCACCAUCACACCCACCACCGACACGACAUACGGCGCCAUGUCACGAUCCUCUCAGCCCGCCGCCUCCCUAGCGGCGCCUCAGUCUACAGAACCUGAACCGCUUCUGUUCUCGUCUUCCUCCUCUUCGACCAGCAGCUCCUCGCCGACGCCCAUCAUGGAUGCCCUCUCGCGUAUCCUUGAUGCCCGCCCCAGCGCCGACACCAUGUCCAUCGUAGCCACCACAGUCAUCGUGACAUUGGCCACCUUCUACUUUUGUCGUUACGUCCUCUAUCCCAAGUGGAGGCGUAUCAUCCCCAGUCCUCUUCGCGCAUCCCUGCCCAAGGAAGCUUCCCAUGCCAUCCACGACCAUAUCUACAACCCAGACACACUCCCCGGCGGCCGUGAUGUCACUACCCCGUACGGCACCGUCCGGGUCUACGAGUUUGGCAACCUAGAAGGGCCCAAGGUCCUCCUCGUCCAUGGCAUCUCUACUCCGUGCAUCACCCUCGCACCACUUGCUCGUGCCCUCGCUGCCCGCGGCUGCCGAGUCAUGGUCUUUGACCUCUUUGGCCGCGGCUUUACCGACGGAGUGGGCGACCUGCCUCACGAUGAACGUUUGUACACGACCAAUAUCUUGCUAGCCCUCGCCUCUUCGCCCCUGCCGUGGACCGGCCAGCACGGGUUCCGCCUCGUCGGCUAUUCCCUCGGCGGCGCACUCGCCGCCUCCUUCGCGGCGUCUUUUCCCCACAUGGUCGAGUCUCUGAUCCUCCUCGCCCCUGCCGGCCUCAUCUCCGCCGCCGACUUCGGGACGGUGGCCCGCCUCACCUUCCGCUCCGGCCUCGUGCCCCGGCGCCUUCUCGCCUUUGCCACAAAGCGCCGCCUCCAGCGCCCCAUCGCCGCCUCCACCAACCGCAAACCCACCCUCCGCCAGCAGCCCUCGGCGACGGGCAAGAUUCUCGACGUCGCUGCUUCCGAGACGACUCAUCCCAGCAUCCCGCCUCCCGAGAUGCCUCUUGAGCGCCGCGUCGACGACUACGUCCGCUGGAUGGUCACCCACCACGCCGGCUUCGUCCCCGCCUUUAUGAGCUGCAUCCGCCACGCCCCGCUGACCGACCAGCACCCUACCUGGGCCCAGCUCGGGCGGGUCAUGGGCAAGGGCCGUACUGCCGUCUUGCUGGCGCAGGGGGACGAGAUUAUCGACUGCGUCGACUAUGAGCGCCAGGGCCUGCCGCUGCUCGGAGGACCGGACGCCGUGCACUGGCGGGUCCUCGGCGGGACGCACGACUUUGUCAUGACGCACACGGGCGACAUUGCCGCCGAGCUCGAUCACUUCUGGGGGAUGAAGGCGCCUGAGGCUGAGGCUUGA